AUGGGGGUCAUCUUGGACGAGUCGGAAUUGCCGUCCGUGAGCUUUCUGGCGUUCUACAAGACCUUUGAAUACGUUUGUUUUGGUGUCAGUGUGGUUAUGGUAUUUGGAACAAUGGGAAUCAUGGUGCUGUGUGAGUUGUUUAUGCUUAUUAAAAAGUGUUUGUCGUACAAAGGAUCCUACGACAUAGGCUGGAUUUAAAAUGUAGAAUUCCAAAAAUCGUCCGUUGUAAUUUUAGAAGAGAGCUGAUAAAAGGGAGACGCUCGAAUUUUGUCGAUAUCUGACACCGAUGAAGGUUUUUUCACGUGUUUCUGAAACUCCCUGGCCGGCAAAACGUACCGAACAUUUGCCCGCUUGCGAAGCGCAAACUAAAAUUUUUGUUGAAAUUUAUGUGUCCUAAGCGUACCAUGCACGCAAAAUUAGACCAAACGUGAUCCAAAUAGGGAAGUUAUUGUUCUAAGUUUCCUUUAUUCAGCUUUUUCAGCAUCCCCAAAAAGCCUGUCGAAAUACAGAUGGUAUCUUAUUCAUGAAAUGAUAUGGUACGUCCAGUCAAAUUUCUUUUACUAUAAAGAUAAUUGUAAUGCCCCAAGGUUUCGUUCCAGGUCCCUAAUUUUCGAUUGGUUUGGCACUUUUAUCGGGGCCAUCCCCCUUUACCCCGCCCCGUGUUACUACGGGGAAAACCUGACCAAACAUUUGAAUGGUGACUACCAAAAAGCCUACUUCUUCGGUGGGAUUACUGCGGUCGCUGGGAAGAUUUGCUCGAUUGUUUUCCAAUUUGAACACCGAUUCUAUCAAACUCAAUCUACCAGUUCAGCAUAUCGAAUAUUCUGCACUAGCAUUCAGGGAAAGGGAGAGGUGAUUGUUCGUGCAGGAGUUACUCUUGUCAUCGUCCUUGCAGCGACAGUAAGUUGAGGGUCCGACAGAGAUAUUCAACAUCUUUAGUAAACUGUUUCUUCGUGACGUUUUUUGACAUCUUUAUUUUCUUUAUUUGCAGCUUCCCUUCUUCGUCAUGUUUCCUGACCAAAGCAAGGCCCGGUCCGAGUUAUCCGCCCUUGAUCCGCUGAUGUCAAAGAUCUUCCAAGAGCACCCUAACACCUUGUGUUUCUCCUCAUACACCAACACAUUCGAGGUUUUGAUUAUAGCCUCUGGUCUAAUUGUCGGUGUGAUGAUCUUCAGUGUAGUCCUCAUCAUCCUCAUGUACAUAUCAAUCCGGCGAAACCGGUUCUCUUCCAACACAUAUCGCCUUCAGAUGAUGCUAUUCUGGUCGUUGGUUGCGCAGACCACAAUCUUCCUGACUUUUAUGGGAAUCCCGGGCCUAAUUUUUUCCGUGGCGCCGCUGAUUGGAAUCAGAAAUCUUCCUCGGUACUGUGCCUACGGCUUCUUAUUUCUUCUUACUCACACUCCACUGGAUUGCGUGAUGAUUCUCUACUUUAUAAAACCAUACCGAAUAGUGCUUGUGCGAUGGCUGCCUUCGUCGCUGAGAACCAUUUCUCAUCGAGCUAGCACGAGUACAAAUCACACCAACAACGGUGCGGUGAAGCCAAUCCUGCAUCGAUUCUGA